AGAGUGUGACUCACAGCUGGCUGUCUUGUCUUGACAGGACCAUGAAAAGUGCCUUUUCAGCCAUACUGUAACCGCCUGUGACAGUAUUGCUCUGCUCCCUGAUUCAAGCAUGUUCCUACCGAGCUGCUUCAUCUUAGCCAAAACCUUCCUGGCUUGCUGGGAAGGGUUGACCUUCCUUACUUCAGGAUGAAGAGGAAUCCUUAUUAACCGAAGCCGACCAGUGUCCAGCUGUGGUCGGGCACCUGUUCAUUCCCCCUCAGCCGGUGCUUGCUGUGAGCAGCUACCAGCUCUGCGAUUCAGACCAGCAGGAAGGAUCCUAUUCCCGUGCUCCUGCUCCAUAAGGCAUUGCCGCCAUACAUAAGGGAAGGGAGACCCUCCAUAGCAGUGAGAUGGCAGAGUACGCAUGCGUCUCGGCACAUAGCAGUAGACUUGACGCUGUCCUGUUGAAGUCUUUUCAGAAAGCAUCCAAAACUGAUCCAAGGAACUAAACAAAUCUGACGUCCAUGGGCCAAACCUCAUUUCGAACCCUAGUAACCAACCGAAUGCCGAGACAGACGCACGAAGUCCUGCGGGGAGAGGCCAGCAGAGCUUUCGCGGAGCCCAGCCGUGCCCCCGAAGUCACCGGGCAGGAGUCAGCGAGCACGAAGAUUUCGGAGACCUGGACUCGUUUGCAAGCUGGACAAGGAUAUGGAAAUACACUAAACUGUGUUCUCACUGUGUACAGAAAUGAAUCUGUGGCCGGCUUCUUCAAGGGCAUGGCUUUCCCGCUGGCCAGCAUCGCCGUCUACAACUCGGUGGUGUUCGGCGUCUUCAGCAACACGCAGCGGCUGCUGAGCCAGCUCCGCUACGGGGACGCCGCCCGGGCGCCCGCGCUCUCCGACAUGGCCCUGGCCAGCGCCGUGGCGGGCUUCGUGUCCGUCGGCAUCGGCACUCCCGUGGACCUGAUCAAGAUAAGGCUACAAAUGCAAACACAGCCGCUCCUCCAAGCAAACGUUAAAUUAAAGCCCAUGGUUCCCGGAUUUCCUGUAUACAGAGGCCCAAUUCACUGUUUCAGGACAGUCUUGCAGAAAGAGGGGAUAGCGGGACUAUACCGAGGCGCGGGAGCGAUGCUUCUGAGAGAUGUUCCUGGGUAUUGUCUGUAUUUCAUCCCCUACGCGUUUUUCUGCGGAUGGAUUACGCCGGACGGAUCCAUCUCCCCUAAUCCCUCCUCUGUGUGGCUAGCAGGCGGUGUUGCAGGAGCAAUUUCCUGGGGGACUGCUACUCCGAUGGAUGUCGUGAAAAGUCGACUUCAGGCCGACGGAGUUUAUGUCAACAAGUACAAAGGGAUCCUUGACUGUAUCUUGCAGAGCUACCAGAGCGAAGGCUUAAAAGUCUUUUUCAGGGGCAUCACAGUCAAUGCAGUGCGAGGAUUUCCAACGAGUUCAGCCAUGUUUCUUGGCUAUGAACUUUCUCUCAAAGCAAUGAAAAGAGACCAAACUGAGACCAAUCCUUAACAUCCAGUGUAGCUAAGAAGACCUGACCAGGCUGCUACCUUCCUGGGCCAAAUCAGCAGUGUGGUAUUGGUGAGGGCCUCACUGCUACCAGCACGCGAUAUGACCUAAGAAUCCUGUCGCCACAGAAACCUUCAGCUUAUGAACUGCACUUUCUGUUCUGCUGUGGACUUGGCCACUGGAGAGCUCCAAACCUGCACCAGCGAAAUCCAAAUCCAGUUUGCUUUUGAAAUCUUUUUCACUCGAUUCUCUAAAAGCACCUUAAUAAUUACUAUGACUGCAUUGGGCUUUUUUGCCAAUGAUAAUGUUUCCACUGAGCCAAUGGAAAAACUUGCUUUCUUUACACAGAAGGGUGAUAUAUAUUUAAAAACAAGCCACCUGACAUCAACUGAAGAAGUGCAUAUAGUGUUUGACUUCUUUUGUAAACAGGGAUCUCCCGCCCUAGAAAGGAAAGGGGGAAGCAUGCUGGGGGCAGGGGAACUUUUCAUGUAGGAAGCUCUGGAUUUCUACCAAAUCCUAGCUUGAUUUCAGGAUCAAAGAAAUGGAUGACUACCCUUAUGAAUGAAUACUUUUGUUUUACAUCACAAAACUCUCCAUACGGUUUGGCACAACUUAACACAUUAAAAGAUGUAGAGGGCUUCAACAACUACAGUUUGUUAUCCAAGCUGCAAAUUAAAUUGAGAAAACAAGAGGAUGUUAAAUGUGGAGACUAAGCUGCUCCUUCUUCCUCAGGAAACAAUAAAACAAGUCUGUAUUUUAUACAGAGAGAAGCCCAUUAAUUUACUUAACUUGCUUUGUAGACUUCCAGUGACUUCCUAGAAUCUCUUUAGACAGUCUGAUUUCUCUGAUCUGAUAGUCCAUCUUGGCAAAAGCCAAAUCCUGCAAGCAUCACCUUGCAGCCUUAAAAGGCCACUGCCUAAUGAAGCCUCUUUAAGGGAUGCAGAUUUUAUCUCACGUUAUAUGCUGCAAAAUGUAUGGGCCAGCUUCAGACCUGCAGCUCUUUGUUGCAGUCCUACCCAUAGGACUACCCGUAGGGGCAGAACCAGGUCUUUUUUGGUCUACCUCAGUCUUUCAUUUACUCUCAAGAUCUUGCAUUAUCAUGACUAUUUCUGUUUACGCUGUUAAAAAUCUCCAUGCUUUAUUUUUUAAGCAUGGGGCUUCUGAUGCCAAAAGCAGGAGAACCAGCUCUGCUGGGACUAGUCUCUGGUGGCACUCGCAGGAGAAGUCGCAGGUAAUAGCCUCCGGUGCUGAGGGAAGUGCACCGCAGAAGAAUUUGGGACAAUGCUGUCUUGUGGAAAACACACAGAUCUCACCAUUUUCCUCUGGAGAAGCUCUGGGAAAGAAGCCCAACAAUGGCAGUUUUAGUAGAUGCCCUCAAUAAAAGUUUCUGGAGACAUCUGGAGUAGCCAUUCAGCUCUGUUCCGUAAAAGGAGGAAAAGGAAAGAGCAACUCCUACAUCCUUGUCCCUCAAGGAAUGGAGGAACAGUAACUGUGGACAAGAGACUUGAAGACUCCCAAAUCCCAGCAAACAGUGCCUGAAAAGUUGGGUCUAGAGCAGUAUUCAGAAAUGGGUGCCCUGGUCUCCUGUAACAGUACGCAUAACUCUCUGUUGGGGCCCAGAUUAACCCCUGCUUCCCCCCAAACAGGACCUAAAGAGUGGUAGAAAAAAAGUUUGUGUUGCUUCAUCUCAGGACUUGUAGGGUAGGAGGUUCACAUAGUGCCUUUGAGCUUGGCAAGAACAAGAGAAACUGUUUUUAAUAAAUAAUAUGUAUAAAAUUGAUGAGCCUUCACACAAAUAUUUUUUUUUGGCCAUAUUUUAAAAGUCAUUCUUUCCAUGUUACCUAUUUUAAUACAUACACAUAAUGUGUUCUCUAGGUGUGUAAUAUCAUAUGACUCCAGGGAUAAUACUUGGAAAAACUGCUUCUUCAGUGCAAAUAAACUGCUUCAGCUGACUACUUUAUGUAAAAUGGACUAUGAAUGAAUUAAAAUGAUGAGGUUUGCAAUGAGCUGAA